CGACUGGAAAACUCGUAAAUGCCGAUACAUUGAAGAAUCAUGUCCAAAGUAAUGGAGAAAUGCCGAUUGCGGCAGGUGUUCCGGCCGUAAGGCCUUCAAAAUUCACUGAUUGAAUAGCUUUGGGGUCCUUUGUCAGAAAUUCCCUCUGUCGGACGUAACCUCGUCUACAUUCCCACCCUGGUUAUUUUUCUCUGCAUCCAGAGUCCAACUGCGCUGGCGGAUAACUUCGGGACGCUCUUAUCGAUGAGAUUCCUGGGCGGAUUCUCUGCGAGCCCGGUCCUCGCUGUCGGUGGAGGAAGGAAGCCUGAUCGACAUCGUUGAAUCCCAGUAUCUUCUGUAUUCUAUGGGCGUCUGGGGGUCCAUGGCCGCGUUAGGUCCUCUUCUCGGGCCUCUCAUAGGAGGCUACGCCUAUCAGAACCAUAACCGGCGUUGGUCCAUUUGGGCGAUAAUGAUCAUGGCCGGGUCUGUGUUGAUCAUGCUCUACAUGCUCCUCCCAGAGACCUCACCCUCGAAGCUUUUGAGAG